AUGGAGGCCAUUAAUCAUCAUACUAGCCAAUUUAUGGCCAUAUGGUCCGAGAUCGUGAAAAAUUACUCCCCGCAGAGAAUAGAAUUUCUAGGGACGCUCCUAGUUCAAAUUCUGUCAUUCUGGCUACCUUCAAUAUUCUAUCUUUGUCUAGAUGCCAUCGCGCCAUCCUUUUCCCAAAAACACAAGAUUCAACCGGCUCCUAAGCAGCCCAUGCGACGCGAUGUCUUACGCUGCUUCCUUGUGGUGACACAAAACCAGAUUCUGUCUUCCGUCCUGCAUCUUGGUCUCCUCUUCAUAUCGAGUCAAGCAGGCUCACAAUUUUCAUAUCGCGUGGAGGCAGCCCUGCCCGGUGCAGCUGAAUUUGUGCGCGAUUUUCUUAUAAGCAUUCUCAUGCGCGAGACGAUGUUCUACUACAGUCACCGCUUACUGCAUGUGCCGUACUUCUAUCGGAAAAUCCACAAGAAGCAUCAUCGCUUCACAGCUCCGAUUGCCCUUGCCGCUCAAUUUGCCCAUCCCCUUGAGCAGAUCUUCGCCAAUGCCUUGCCUAUCUCGUUGCCCCCGCAGCUUCUGAAAAGCCAUGUGUUGACGUUCUGGGCAUUCCUUGCCUGGGAGCUGUUCAACACUGCGACGGUGCAUAGUGGGUACGACUUCUUUCACAAUAAAGCAAAGAUGCAUGACUUGCAUCAUGAGAAGUUCAAUUUGAACUAUGGGUCAAUAGGCUUGUUGGACUGGGUGCAUGGGACGAAUAAACUCGGCAAGAGACACUCUGAAUAA